UGACCUUCAGCUUCUCUCCUGGACUGACCGCACCGAAAAGUCUGGCUGUCGUUCCCUAGACGAGCAGUGAGAAACACACACACACCACAAUGAAACCACCACACGGCGCCUCGACAUCCCCAUCCAUCCCUUUCUUCCCUCCCCCGUCUUCUUCCCUCCCUUCUCCCCUCCUCCCCUUGUCUUCUUCCCCAUCACCCUCACCAUCACCACCCUCACUCUCACCACCACCGCCGCUAUCCUCCUAUCCUCACCACCGGAGUAUGUCACCAGCGCCUCACACCUCCUGUCUCCCUCAGCCCUGCCAGACUUUCGCCUCGCCCUGACCAGGUCUCGCCGCCGCCCUCGACCACUGCGAACCACACCCGGUUCCCUUCCAUCCCACCAACCAAUCCCUCGACACCCACGUCACGAUCGUCAUUUAAUUCCUCUCUCCCCUCCACCCCCAACUGGCCUUGCGGCUUUUUAAAU